GGGACAGCGGGGGUCCUCUGGUGACCCGGUACAGGAACACCACCUUCCUGCUGGGGAUUGUGAGUUGGGGGAAGGGCUGCGCCCGGCCGGGCGACUACGGCAUCUACACCCGCGUCUCCAACUACCUGCCGUGGAUCCACAACCGCACCCGGGCCGACCAAUCACAGGCCACCGCCACCCGGGCCGACCAAUCACAGGCCGCCACCGCCACCCGGGCCGACCAAUCACAGGCCGCCACCGCCACCCGGGCUGACCAAUCACAGGCCGCCACCGCCACCUGGGCCGACCAAUCACAGGCCGCCACCCUGGCCAACCAAUCACAGGCCGCCACCGCCACCCGGGCCGACCAAUCACAGGCCGCCACAGCCACCCGGGCCGACCAAUCACAGGCCGCCACCACCACCCAGGGAGACCAAGCCCCGCCCCUUCCGGCGGAUCUCAUUGGACGUUGA